ACCUGAAUGCUGCUUUAGUUCCUUCCGGAGACUGGACGCUAAGGCUGCUACUGAAAAAUUCCAGCAGGAUCUGGGUUUCCGGAUGCUGAACUGUGGAAGGACGGAUCUGAUCAACCAAGCGAUCGAUGCACUGGGACCUGACGGGGUUAACACCAUGGAUGACCAGGGUAUGACCCCACUGAUGUAUGCCUGUGCUGCUGGAGAUGAAGCCAUGGUCCAAAUGCUUAUAGACGCUGGAGCAAAUUUAGACAUCCCGGUCCCCAGCACCUCUCCGCGCUACCCUUCGGUCCAUCCCGACAGCCGGCACUGGACCGCUCUGACCUUCGCCGUGUUACACGGGCACAUCUCGGUGGUUCAGCUGCUCCUGGAUGCUGGCGCCCACGUCGAGGGAUCUGCCGUAAAAGACAACUACGCCGAGACCCCCCUUCAGCUGGCUUCGGCCGCAGGGAACUACGAGCUGGUCAGCUUAUUGCUGAGCAGGGGUGCUGAUCCGCUCCUGAGCAUGCUGGAAGUCAACGGUAUGUCUUCAUCCCUCCAUGAAGAUAUGAAUUGCUUCAGUCACUCCGCUGCCCACGGGCACAGGAACGUUCUGCGCAAGCUCCUGACCCAGCCCCAGCAGCAGAAGGGGGAUGUCCUCUCUCUGGAGGAGAUUUUAGCCGAGGGAGUGGAGAGCGACACGUCCAGCCAGGGCAGCUCCAGCGAGGGGCAAGUCAGGCUGUGUAAGACAAGGAUGAAGGCUCUGCAGGAGGCCAUGUACUACAGCGCUGAGCACGGCUACGUGGACAUCACCAUGGAGCUGCGGGCACUGGGAGUCCCGUGGAAGCUCCACGUGUGGAUCGAGUCGCUACGGACAACCUUCUACCAGUCUCGGUACUCGGUCGUGCAGAUCCUCUUACGGGAGUUCGUCACCAUCAAAGAGGAGGACUAUAAUGAAGAACUGGUUAAUGACGGGCUGCAGCUCAUGUUUGAUAUCCUCAAAACCAGCAAGAACGAUUCCAUCAAUCAGCAGCUCGCAUCCAUCUUCACCCACUGCUAUGGCAGCAGUCCGAUACCCAGCAUUCCCGAAAUCCGAAAGAUGCUGCCAGCUCGGCUGGAUCCUCACUUUCUAAACAAUAAAGAAAUGUCUGAUGUAACUUUCUUAGUAGAAGGAAAACUAUUUUAUGCACACAAAGUCCUGCUGGUUACUGCAUCUAACAGGUUUAAGACGCUAAUGACCAAUAAAACAGAACACGACAGCCACGGCAGCAAGACUGUUGAGAUCAGCGAUAUGAAAUACAAUAUUUUCAAGGUACGUAACUUACUCUUUCUUUACUCUUUUCAUCUUCUCACAUACUUGGAGGCUAAGAGGGCCAAGGCUGAAUAUCAGAG